GUGUUUUGAGUUAUAUAUGGUUCAUUGUUUGAAAAAAAAUAGAAUUCCUUCUGUUCAACAUCUAGAAGACAACCAUUGUUUUAUUCUAGGCUAGCACUGUCGAAUCAAUUUAAGAAAUGAUGAAAUUAUUAUGUGUCAGCACACCAGAAAUUGUAACCAUUAGCCAUGUGUGGGUAUUGAGUGCCUGGAAUGUGGACAUUUGGACUAGAGGAAAGUACAGAGAGACCCACGACUCAGAAGCCAAAGAAACAUCCCAGUCGUUGCAAACACAAGUGGAUGUGCAAAGAUUACCCUGAGUGUCCAAAGUGGCAUCGGACUGCUCUGAGACUGGUCAGCAUUGCACUGGUUAUACUUGUUGCUGCAGUGAUAGGACUAACUAUUUGGGUAAGUAAGCUACACUUACGUUCCUUCAGUGAUAACCACUGCAUGAAGAUGUUUGAUAGUGAUAAUGAAACCAGAGCUUGCGAUUGUAUGAAUAUUCUUCCCAGGAAACAGCCCGGAGAUACAAACUCCCCAAGAAGCCCUAGAUUAAACUUGUGCCCUAAUGGUUGGGUUCAGGAAAAAGGGAAAUGUUACAACUUUUUUUACACUUUUAAAUCAUGGAUCAAUAGCCAAAAAUCUUGUUUAAAAAUGAAAUCACAUCUUUUGAUGAUCCAAGACAAGGCUGAACUGGAUUUCAUACAAAACAAUAUACAAGAUGGAAUCUACUUUUGGAUUGGAUUAAAUAUUGCACAUCCACAAAAGACUUGGACCUGGCUGGAUGGAACCCCAUUAAACCCACAGUUAUUUCAAGUCAUGGGCGAGGCUGAAGACCAUGCCUGCGCUUUGAUAACAAAGAAGGGCAUUUUUUCUGAAAAAUGUCACACUCAAGGUUAUUGGAUUUGUCAAGACGUGAUUUCUUCUUCUGGUGACCUCUAAACUGAGCACAGGUAUUUCUCCCAUUAACAAAAAAUUUCACAAAUAUUCCUUAUGCAUUUAAGUAGAAACGCUUCAUUUCUACAACAAAUAUAUGGUAAUACUGAUGACAAUGCUAUAGAUUUGUGUCACUAUAAAUCUAGGCAAUCAUCCUCAAUAGAUUCACAUUAUAUUUUUAUAGUCAUCUCUCAUUUGUGAUAGUAGCUAUCUCAGACAGAAACUAUCCUUUUAUUUCCACAAUAAUUCUCUCCAUAAGCCUCUCAAUCACCAUUAACAGAGGAGCUUUUUGUGUGUGUGUGUGUGGUAUAUUUUUUAAAGAGAAGACAUUAGAUGAUAUAUUCCUGCACUUUAUACCAUUGAGUUUACACAUUUGUUUACAUCUUACCACUUUUUCCUUUUCUUGUAACUCCAAAAAAAGUGGUAUCCCUCUUUCUGUCUAAAUCAAAUCUCCAAGUCUGUAGCCAGGAUUACAUCUCUUAUUUUUCUAGGAAAUCCCUUCCUUGAUCAUCUCCUCUCUUACCCCUCUCUUCUUAUAUUUCCCUUUAUACCAGCAACUAAACAUUCAAGAGCAACAAGAAAAAUUUCCCUCAACCACAUGUGGCUUCUAGUUUCUGUCCAUU